CUCUCUCACAGAGAAGAAAGAAAUAGAAACAGAAGAGAGAGAAAGAGAGCGACUUCUAGGGAGAGAAAGUAGAAGAAGUUGUUGUGAGUGGAUACUGUCCGUUUUUUUUCUGUUAAAGAGAGAGAAAAAUUAUAAUUAAAUUUUAUUUUAUUUUUAAUUUUAUUUUUUAAAAAUGGCGUCGGACCAAGAAAUAGCAGAGGGGUUAGAAGCUUUGUUUCGUGAAACAAACCCUAAUUCCUUCAAUUCCCUAAAUGAAGUCAUUCUUCGUUUGCAAUCAAAAUUAGGGUUUGAUCUCUCUGACAAAGUCGAUUUCAUUCGUGCUCACGUCACUCUUCUCUUCAGUACUCCUACUCCGCAGCAGCCGCAACCACUGCCUGUAUCGGUGGCUGUUUCACCGGCGGUCAUUUCUCGGCCACAUACGCAGAAUCUGAACUUAAAUCCUAACCCUAACCCUAACCCUAACCCUAAUGUUGUUCAUCAUCAUCAGCAGCAUCAACAACAGCAUCAACAGCAGCAUCAUGUGAAUGUUGUUCAUCCUCAGCAUAGGAUUUUUCAUCACCCUCCUCCUCCUUCAGCUCACUCUUACUUUCCGAGGGGGCCCACUGAGAUCAGUUUUGCUCAGCCUGGGAGUGGGACUGUUAUAGCUGAGUCUCUAUCUUCACCAACUGCCAAGGAGAGUACCCAAAGUCGACCAAAACGAAGGGGAGGCCCAGGAGGUCUGAAUAAACUCUGUGGUGUUACACCUCAGCUUCAGGCUAUUGUUGGCCAACCAGCCUUGCCAAGAACAGAGAUUGUGAAGCAGUUAUGGGCCUAUAUAAGGAAGAACAAUCUUCAAGAUCCAAGUAAUAAAAGAAAAAUAAUUUGCAAUGAUGAGCUACGACUGGUAUUUGAAGUCGACUGUACAGACAUGUUUCAGAUGAACAAGCUGCUGUCAAAACAUAUUAUUGCUCUUGAUCCCACUAAGGUUCCAGAACAACCAUCCAAGAAAGCCAAGGUGGAAGAAGCUGAAGUUCUGAGCAUUGAGGCUGCUGCCCCUGCCACUCCUGCUGCCCCCGCCACUCCGACUGCCCCCGCCGCUCCUGCUGCCCCUGAUACUCCUGCUGCCCCUGCUACUCCUGCUGCUCCUGCUACUCCUCCACCCCCUGUUAACCCUACUCCUCCAGCUACUCCUGUUACCCCGGCUCUUAUUGUGAUUUCUGAAGCACUGGCAAAAUUCUUUGGUACAAGUGAGAAGGAAAUGCCUCAAACUGAGGUGUAUACACGCAUUGAAGAGUACAUUAAGGCAGAAGGUUUGGAGGAUCCUUUGAAUUCAAUGGUCAUAUGUGAUACGAAGCUUCAAGAACUAUUCGGAUGUCAGAGCAUCCCUGCUCCUGGGAUUCGUGAAGCUUUGGCUCGUAGUCAUCUUUUCCAGUGAGCGUGAUGUAAACUGGUGGUUUGAUGUAAUGGCAGUCUAACUGACAUGGUUAUAGUAGGCUGAGCGAUCUUCUGGAUAGUAUUGUAAGUUAUGAGUAGAGAGAUGACUGUAAUUAGGUAUUGAUGUAGGUAAGUAAGUAAGUAAAGCCACAGAAUAGGAUUGUGAUUCAGAAUCUUCUGUUUAUUUGUUAUUUUGUAGAGAUGCACUCUGACUAUGGAGUUUUCUAACCAGUAGGCACAACUCAUAUAGAUAUUACCACUUCACAAAGCUUUGUAAAAGAUCCUAGUUCUUACCUGCUUGGCUUUGUAAAAGAUCCUAGUUCUUACCUGCUUGUCUAAUGAACAUUUUAUUUAUUAAUGCUA